ACUCGUUAGUCUGCGUUAGCUUAUCCCAUCGGCAACAUGAUCCGCUACACUGCAAUUCAAUCGCGUAUUCAUUCCAGUCGUAAUAAGUGUGGUUCAAAUGCGUAUUUUUAACGUAGUGCCUGCAGUUAUAUUGCAUUUUUGAGCUAACACGAAUUGUAACUUUUCAGUUAAAACUAAAAAAUAAAUAAAUCCGAAGGUCGAUUACAAAAAAUAUCGUUAUUUUCUGGGAUCACGAUGGGUGACAGGAACGGUGAAAAGAACGGCUCGGAACUGCAACACAAUCAGGACGACACCCGAGUGCAAUUCACGGACAGUUGUGGUGCAGCAGGCGUCAGUGGCAGCGACGCUGCGGCACUCGCGAGCCGUUGCGAUAACCGGCUGCUGGCCACGGCAGCUAACCUCGCGGCCGCUAUACUGGCCGUGGCCAUUGCAUGGACGCUUUUGUACGUGAACGUAUCGCCGGAGCUGAUGGCCAUGCCCGGCGGCAGCCUGGCGUCCAUAUUCGUGUUGUACGUGACCGGAACAGUGGCCGGGUGGCUCAUCACCAAGGUGGGUGGUUUGCCUCCACUACUUGGCAUGAUGUUGGCCGGCAUCGCUCUCCAAAAUUCCGGUCUAUACAACGUCACCGGUUGGUGUUUCCAUUUGGUGUCCACAAUGAGAGAAGCUGCGCUCACUGUCAUAUUGAUCAAAGGUGGCCUGGAAUUGAACGCCGGCCAGUUGCGACGGCUCAGCGGUGUCGUGGCCAGACUCACGGUGUUGCCGUGUGUGGCCGAAGCCGUGGCCGCGGGCGUUGCUGCACAUUUUAUUUUACCCAAUUUCUCGUUGGUUUGGGGCCUGACGCUCGGGUUUACCUUAUCAGCUGUUAGUCCGGCCGUAUUAGUUCCAAGUCUGUUCCGGUUAAAACGCAUAGGGUACGGCGAAGUAAAAGGUAUUAACACGCUCUUGAUUGCUGCGUCAAGUCUGGACGACGCUGUAUCCAUCAGCGCUUUUGGUAUCUUAUUAGGUGUCCUAUUCUCAAACGGUAGCUUGACCAGUAAGAUAAUUCAAGGGCCAAUUGACGUGGCGAUUGGAACAGUGGUUGGACUUGUAUGGGGUUGCGUUUUGAUUUUUGUGCCUCCAUCGCCAUGGGCUAUAAUAUACAAUAAACGAGAAAACGUUCAAAAUGCCAAAAAAUCAGAAAUAGAAAAUGCCGUUACUGCCAAAAGGUCAUUUCUAUUGGGCGCGGGCGGGUUCUUGGCAGUGACUGGAAGUCAGUGGUGUGGAUAUCCAGGAGCAGGGCCAUUGGCAUGUAUCAUAUCAGCAUUUGUAGCAGGCACCGGUUGGAGGAAGCGAUCAGCGGAGCAUAAACGAAACAACCCACCGGUCUCGGUCGACGGAGUGGACCGAGGAAAUGGCGAGGAGAAAGGAGAAGACGAUGAACUUUCAGUAGUGCAGGUGUUCGAAUACGCUUGGACAGGUCUACAGCCUGUGCUGUUUGCAUUUAUAGGCACCGAUCUAAAGUUUGAACUGCUGAAACGUGGUGACAUGAUCUUCCUCGGACUGAUCGUACUCGCGUUUGGACUCAUGAUUCGUCUAAUUGUCACUACGUGUUCAGUGGUCGGUUCAGGAUUCAGUCGUAAGGAAAUACUAUUUGUUAAUAUCGCGUGGCUUCCAAAAGCUACAGUACAGGCUGCUUUGGCACCGGUGGCUUUAGACAUCGCAAGGAAUUUGGGUACAGAAGAAGAUGUUGAAUGUGCAACUAGAUUGGUAACAAUUGCUGUAAUAUCCAUUUUAUUGACGGCACCCGUAGGUGCAUUUGGCAUACAGUUAUUUGGUCCCAAAUUGUUACCCAGAAACAGUUAACUAUAAUAAAUGUUUAAACCAUUGCAUUAAAAAUCUUUUAAAUAGUACCACAACGUAUUCCAUAAUUAUACAAUAUUUAAUAAUACAAUUUUUAUUCAUAUAAAUGUUGUUGUAAAGCAAGACUAUUUUCCAUAACAGUUUAACUACAGCAUCUUAUUAAACUCAUAAGUUUAAUUUAUUUGUUUCAAUUUAUAUCGCGUAAAACAGCUAUUAAAUUGUAUGGCAGAAUACUCAAUUAACAUACAACGAUACAACAUUAAAUAUAUACAUCCAAUUUAAGAUCAAUAUGAUCAGAGUUAUUAAACUAUUUUUAAAUAUUCAACUUUUUGAAGCAAAUAAUAAAUAUUUUUUAAUUUAUUUUCAUAUAGUGC